AUGCUAACAACAUCAUCCACUACUGCUCCGACCAAUCUCAACAACCAGAAAUAUGUUGCCACUGACGACAUUGCAACCGAGGUUGAAUUAUCGAUAAGUUGCAACCAAUUACCUAACCUUGAUGUCCUCUCAAAAACCGAUCCGCAAGUAUUCAUAUUCACAAGAGAUGCCACCAAUCCGAUGGCUCCGUGGACUGAAAUUGGUCGUACCGAGAUCAUUUGGGACAAUUUAAAUCCAAAAUUCGUUACAACCUUUGUGAUGAAAUAUCGUUUUGAAACCAAUCAAUAUUUAAAAUUUGUAGUCGUUGAUAUUGAUAAUGAACGUUCCAAAAAACUAGAAGAUCAAGAAUUAGUAGGUGAAAUGUAUUGUACACUCGCUGAAGUUGUGGGCAGCAAGGGAGGUCGUUUAAUGAAACCACUCAUCCAUCCUCAACUUCAUAACACACGUAGAGGAUUUAUUGCCAUCCGUGCGGAAGAAGUUCAAAAGUCUAAUCAAUUGGUCACUUUUAAGAUUUCCGUCAAGAAUUUGGACUCGAAAAAUUGGUUCUUUGGUAAAUCAGAUCCAUUCCUGGUCAUCACGAGAGGUGGUAUGGAAGAAGCUGAAUUUGCUCCAGUUUACAAAUCAGAAUAUUAUCUAAAAACUCUAAACACAUCGUUUAAAUCAUUCCAAAUUUCCGCACAAAAAUUGUGUAAUGGAGAUUUUCAACGUCAAAUACGUCUCGAAGUUUAUGAUUGGAAUAGAAGUGGAAAUCAUGAACUUAUUGGAUGGUAUCAAACUACAUUGGACGAGCUGAUCAAACAAGGUAAUCACAAAUCGUACCUUUUAAUUAAUCCCGAAUUGAAAAAGAAGAAGAAGGGCUACAUUGGAAGUGGAAAUAUAAUCAUUGACAGCAUUUCUGUUGAAAAGGCAUAUUCUUUCUUAGAUUAUGUGCGUGGAGGUUAUCAAAUUUCAUUAAUUGCUGGUAUUGACUUUACAGCCAGUAAUGGUGACCCAAAUAAUAGUCAAAGCUUGCAUUACAGAUCUGCCAAUUAUCUUAACGAUUAUCAAAAAGCCAUCCUAAGUGUAGGAGAAAUUCUAUCCUAUUAUGACAGUGAUAAGAAAUUUCCAGUGUAUGGGUUUGGAGGUAAAAUACCACCCAGAUAUGAAGUGUCACAUUGUUUUCCAGCCAACAUGAAUUGGAACAAUCCCGAAGUAGAGGGAGUGCAAGGUAUACUUAAUGUCUAUAAUUAUGCCAUGUCAACAGUUCAACUCUAUGGACCAACCUAUUUUGCUCCACUCAUCAACACUGCCGCUAGUUUUGCUAGAAGAGAUGCCGAAACAACCUAUUUUAUUCUACUCAUUCUAACUGACGGAGAAAUUUGUGACAUGCCUGCCACAACAGAUGCAAUUGUGGAGGCUUCUACUUUACCUCUUUCAAUUAUCAUUGUUGGUAUUGGUAAUGCUAACUUUGGCAACAUGGACGUUCUGGACGCAGAUGAAACUCCGCUUGUCUCCUCUCGCGGAGUCAAAAUGAGUCGUGACAUUGUCCAAUUCGUUCCAUUCAACAACUUUAAGAAUGCUCAUCCCUCUGUCCUCGCCCAACAAGUGUUACAAGAAGUUCCCAACCAAUUUCUCUCCUACAUGAAACAACACAACAUUCUUCCUAAAAAUCCAAUUCAAGUCGAAUCCUUUUACGGAACGCCCUCCAUGGCUCGAAUGGAUAGUAGUUCCAAUAAUCCAAACUCAUCAGCUUUUAAAUUCAAUAAUGGACAAACAGACUAUCAUCAACAACAAUCACAGACAACCUAUCCACAGCAACCACCUUAUCCAACAACAACCAACAUGCAACAACCUCAACCCAGCCAACCAUAUCCACCCCAAGGCACUAAUGGAACGAUUGUGUAUGAUUUGAAUGGACUUCCUAAAUAUACCAUUUAA